AGAACGUGUUUCUAGAUGGUCUACCCAUCAGCAGUCUUUAUUACUGGCGCCAACCGGGGGAUCGGAUUUGGUUUGGUGCAAGCAUUUCUCAAAAUCAGCCAAGUAGAGCACGUAAUAGCUGGUGCCAGGAACCCCGAUAAUGCUAAAGAUUUGAAAGCAAUCAAAGACGAUCGACUGAAAAUAGUAAAAAUAGACAUCGAAAACGAGCAGUCGAUCAAGGAUGCUUACGCCGAGGUGGAGAAGAUUGUAGGGGACCGUGGAUUAAACCUUCUAGUAAACAACGCCGGUGUUUUACCUCCAUAUUUCACCAAUGGACCGAUAUCUAGAGAAACAUUGGCAAAGUGCAUGAAUGUGAACUUACUGGGGACAACAAUCGUCAGUCAGACUUUUCUACCUCUCCUGAAAAAGGCCUCUGCUCAUGUAUCCGGCGAUCACUGGGGCGUUGAUCGAGCUGCGAUUGUGAAUAUAUCUAGUGGAUGGGGUUCUAUCAGCGAAAAUACCGAUGGGUCAGGUGAAUUGGGAGCUCUUGCAUACAAAGUCAGCAAGGCUGGUGUGAAUCAGCUCGGUAAAACGAUGGCUGUUGACUUGGUUAAGGAUAAAAUUAUCGUGACGCAAUUUUGCCCAGGUUGGGUACAGACUGAUAUGGGCAAUAUGAAUGGACGAACAGCUGCUGUUACUGUGAGCGAUUCCGCCUCAGCCUUGCUCGACUCAAUGUCAAAGCUGCAAAAACAACACAGUGGCGGUUAUUACGAACGUCAUCUAAAAGUCAUUCCUUUUUAAUUUGAGGAAAUUUUGUUGACAUAUUUUCUUUGAUAGCGAUGCCUGCAUUUUUGAUGAAUCUAUAAUUGCAUCCUUUGGUAUUGUCACUAUGCAAAUGUUCCAGAAUUCUCCCCAUGGUUGCUACCGCAGCGCAACGCUUUGCUGCUCUUGACUUAUUUGCGUAGAAGAAUCCGAAUUGAAUGUCUCAAAAAACGCGUCAAAGGCGGCGUAAAGGCGAAAAGUCUGCGAAGUGGUGCUAUGGAAAGAACGCUGGGACGCAGACC